CUACUACAGUCUUCAUGGCUAAUCGUCGCGUUCCGUACGUUCGUGUGGGAAAUUCGGGUCUCAAAGUUUCUAAGCUCGUCUUGGGCUGUAUGAGCUAUGGUUCUCCUGAGUGGUCUCCAUGGGUCCUUGAAGAGGAAGAGGCCAUCAAGCACAUCAAGGCUGCCUAUGACGCAGGAAUCCAAUCUUUCGAUACAUCGAACGUUUACUCCAAUGGACUGAGUGAAGUCAUCCUCGGAAAGGCAAUCAAGCAAUUGAAUCUUCCGCGAGAAGAAAUAGUGGUCAUGACAAAGCUUUGUGCUGUCGUCGGUCGCACCCCCAGCACGCCAGUCCAACGCCGUGCCCCAGCACAAUUGGACGCCGACGGCUACGUCAAUCAGUAUGGCCUGAGCAGAAAGAAUAUAUUCGCUUCCGUCAAGGCCAGUUUGGAGCGCCUCCAGCUGGAUUACAUCGACUUGUACUGGUGCCAUCGCUUCGAUUAUAAUACGCCUAUCGAGGAGACGAUGCAGGCACUGCAUGAUAUCGUGAAGGCAGGCUAUGUUCGCUAUAUCGGCAUGAGCUCUUGCUAUGCCUACCAGUUCCAUGCCAUGCAGAACUACGCGAUCACACACAACCUCACGCCCUUCAUUGCGAUGCAGAACCAUUACAACGUUGUUUACCGUGAAGAAGAGCGGGAAAUGAUGCCCACUCUCAAGCAUUUCGGCGUCGGCUCCAUCCCCUGGAGUCCUCUUGCUCGCGGCGCAGUCACACGUCCCAUCGAUGCAGAGAAGACAGCCAGGGCCACCGGUGACCAGCUCUUGAAGCCUGAUGCAUAUCUUGCAGAUGGUACUGGCGGAAAAGACAUCGUUCGCAGAGUGGAGGAACUGGCGAAGAAGCAUGGUGCAACGAUGCCACAAGUGGCUUUGGCUUGGACUAUGGCGAAAGAUGUUGUCUCUGCGCCCAUCAUUGGCACGACCUCACUCGAGAAGCUGGAGGACCUGCUGGGUGCAUUCGAUGUCAAACUCUCUGAAGAAGACAUAAAGUACCUUGAGGAGCCUUACACACCUCUCCGUAUCAUUGGCCACAUCUAAGUCCAAACUCAAAGCACAAUGAAUCUCGGGCGAAAUCAUGGUGGUAGAGAUGUGUGACUGCCAAGUUUACCGUAGAAGUUUACUGUCAUGAAACCGUUCAUUGUCGCAAUCGUAUGAUCCGUAAUCCUGUAUAUCUUGCUC